UUAGCCAUGAGAAAUCGCGCAACCGGUUUGGUAAACGCUUCGCUGGUUGGACAGGUGGAUAACCAAACCAGAUGGACUGUCCAUCAGAAAUGCGGUAUGUAGUGCCAACAAAAACCACUAUACCGGUAAAUAAAUAACUGUUGGCAUAAAUUAACCGAAAGAAAAUAAAAUUCAAAAUAUUUUUGGAUUUUUAAUUAUGUUUGUUUGUGUGUGUUGUAAAUAUAAAAUAAAACUUGUUUGCUUAAGGGCGUACAGACGCGCGUACACAUGCGUACCACAGCAUGCAGUGUAAGAACUUCGGCAGAAUGUAAGCGCUCGCAAAAGGCCAACGCUACGCGAGUCAACCAACGGUAGUUUUACUACCAAAAGUGCGUUCGAAGAGCGCGGGCGCGUGUCUAUACAUUGCCAACAUUAAGAAUCUCGCUGGUAGGGCGUUGAACCGCAAAGCAAACGCAUCGAGUGCUGUAGAAAGAUGCAGAAGAAAUGGCAUGGAAACAAUAGCAAAGCAUAAAAUUACAACUACAACGCAGCAAAAAGAAAGAAUCUCAAAAGCGGCAGCUGUAACGCGGCACACGCAGUCGCAACUUAGACGGCAAGUUGGGUGGACGUGCCAGUAUACGGUAAAAGAAAAGGGACUUAAAAUUACAAAAGUAAAAAAUAGUGCUGAGAAGGUGAAGAAGUAUCGCGUUUUAAUUUGAAACAACAUUUAAAGUGCGCGGGCGUUUUAUUGGCCGCAAUUUGUGUUUAGACGCACCCUCAAGUUGCUUAUUUAUUUAGUUAAUACAACCGCAUAACGUCAAAGAACGCGCCUAACCACUUUGCACACCUAAAGUCUACAAAAUGAACGGGGAUUUCUAUGGGCUGUUGCGUUUUCUAAUUGUAGCUGCAGCGCUGGUGGCGCCUAGUUGCGCGCAGUCACCGCACCAUUUACGGCAAGCGCUUGGUAUAGGUUUGGAAAAUCUGAUUUUGUCUGCGCUCUACAAUGACGCGCCGCGGCAAAAUGCCAGCUACGACUUCAUUAUCGUUGGCGCCGGGCCAGCAGGUUGCGUGCUUGCCAACCGGCUGUCCGAAAACCCCAACUGGACGGUGUACUUAAUAGAGGCUGGCGGUGUGGAGGGUAUGUUUCAUCAGAUGCCUGUGCUCGCAGCAUAUCUGCAGGGCACACACUCCAAUUGGGGCUACAAAUCGACGCCGCAGAAACACGCCUGCUUUGGCAUGAAUAAUAAUGAGUGCUUUUUGCCGCGCGGCAAGGUGUUGGGCGGUACCAGCUCCAUCAACUAUAUGAUCUACAAUCGUGGCAAUAAACGCGAUUUUGAUCGCUGGGCUGCUGCCGGCAAUAAGGGUUGGUCAUACGCGGAAGUUUUGCCGUAUUUCCUUAAAUCGGAAGCCGCUAACUUAGCCGGUUUGGAAGACUCACCAUAUCACAAUCAUACUGGACCGCUGAGCGUGGAAGACGUACAGUACCGCACACCGGCAGUGCAUGCGUACUUGAAGGGUGCGCAGCAAGCGGGACAUCCGCGCACAGAUUACAAUGGUGAGUCACAAAUAGGCGCGUCCUAUGUGCAGGCCAAUACGCUACGCGGUAGGCGACAUAGCGCAUAUCGUGCCUAUAUAGAACCCAUACGUUAUCAGAGGAAAAAUCUACACAUUGUGACAAUGACGCGCGUAACGCGUGUACUAAUAGAUCCCGUUACAAAACGCGCGACCGGUGUGGAGCUCAUGUACCGCAAUAAAUACUAUAAAGUGCGCGCACGUAAGGAGGUCAUUCUUUCGUCAGGCGCUUUCAAUUCACCACAACUUUUGAUGCUGUCCGGUGUUGGACCAGCAGACAAUCUCAACGCAAUCGGUGUGCCAUUAGUGAAGGAGUUACCGGUGGGCAAACUACUCUACGAUCAUAUGUGCCACUUUGGACCUACCUUUACGGUCAAUACAGAUCGAAAGUUGCUGAGCCUGUCGAAUCUGAAUUCCACUGUGGUAAAGUCAUUUUUGCUCGGCAAUCCGGCCACCAUGCUCUCUUCGAUUGGCGGCGUAGAGGCGCUCACCUUUUUCAAGGUGCCCAGCUCUAAAGAACCUGCGGAUAUGCCAGAUAUGGAGAUCAUUACAGUGGCCGGCAGUUUGGCCGCCGAUCAGGGCACUGCACUCAAGCAAGGCGCAAACUUCAAAGACGAACUCUAUGACAAAGUUUAUCGUCCUUUGCAAAUCUCACAGCAGGAUCAUUUUAGUUUUCUCAUCAUGCAAUUUCAUCCGAAAUCUGUGGGUCGCCUGUGGCUACACAACCGCGAUCCUUUCGAGUGGCCACGCAUGAACCCUAAAUACUUCCACAACGAGGACGAUGUACAAUUCAUGUUGGAGGCCAUUAAGGAGGCCAUACGCAUCACGAAAACACCAGCAAUGCAGGAGUUGGGCACACGCAUACACGAUAUACCGUUACCUGGUUGUGAACAGCACCAGUUCGGUACAGACGAUUACUGGCGGUGCUCCAUACGCACACUCUCGUACACGCUGCAUCAUCAGGUGGCCACCUGUCGUAUGGGUCCCGAAAGUGACCCCACCACCGUUGUGAAUGCCGAGUUGAAGGUGCACGGCAUAAAGCAUUUGCGUGUAGUCGACACCAGCAUCAUACCAUUCCCGCCUACCGCGCACACGAACGCUGCGUCGUUCAUGAUCGGAGAGAAAGCGGCCGAUAUUAUACGCGGCGAAUGGCAGUGAAAGAUAGACAAAGAAUGUAAGAGUAAAAGUUGUUUAAUCUAGGUAAUAAGCUCCUAUAAUAAUUUGUAACUUUAAUUGACGUGAAGUCUUCGUGUAUAAGAUUUAGGUUAAGUGUCACCCAAUUUGCUCAAUUUGCUGGAGGGCAAGAAUAAAUGUGAAACGUGUUUCUAGUGAAUUAGAUAUGUAAAUAUGAAAUGUGAAUAAAA